AUGGGUGUGUACAAGUUUCUUCUUGAAAGCAUGCACAAAGAAGUGUGCCUGGUUGUGGCACAAAAAGGAGCCACCGAGAAAGUCACAGGAGAGCUGCUAAGCAUCGACGAGCAUCUGAACGUGAUCCUGUGCACGGAGGCCGAGACCCGCCUAUACUACUCCAAGCACAUCAUAGAAUACAUCCUCCCGCAAAAAAACAAAUGCAAGCAAGAAGGAGCAAGGCCCCCAACUGCGUGA